AGGGAACUUGAAUGGGCGUAAUCUCUAACGCAAAGAGUGCGGCCAACCAGAAUCAAGUAAUUUUCCAAACAAAAUGAAAGCAUAAUAGUAACUGGGGAGGGUGAAGAAGCGGUUCAUUUACCAUCAAAUUCUAAACUGGUUGCGGCCUCUUGCGAGAAAGCGGAACUUUGCUUAAACAAUACCGUAAUAGAAGCGUAAAUGGGUCCUAAUGUGAAGAAGUGGCUACUAGUUCAAUCAUUUGCCGUAGCAGUGGUGUUCGUAACAGGGCUGAUGGUUGUGUUGUUGCAAGACGAAGAACAAUUCAACGCCAAAAACUGUUUCCAACGAGUGGUGACGAGUUUAUCGGAAAAUUGGUUCGGUCGAAACUGUCGCGGUGGCAUCGACUGGACAUUGCAUCGCGUAGACGAACUGACUAUGGAACAAAUCAUCACCUACGUGGAAUGGUCGAAUAGCUCGUCUUGUCGUCUGUCGCACGAUUUCGGCGGCAACGUCAUUUUCACGGCCGGUGUGGAUGGACAAAAAGCCGUUUGCUUAGAUGCGGCCGUCAGACCGGAAAGAGCAAGUGGAGCCUGGCCUCCGGUGACGAAGAAGAAAUUCAACGAAUGUCUAGUCUAUUCAUUUGGCAUCAAGAACGAAUGGUCAUUUGAUGAAGCGAUGGAAGCGUUGGGAUGUCGCGUUUACGCCUUCGAUCCUUCCAUGAAUCGGACCAGACACGAUCACACUUCAAAAAUUCAUUUCUACGAUCUGGGAUUAAGCGAUCGAGACGAGCAGAGAUUGGACGACAAAGAUGUCAAGAAGAACUGGACAAUGAAAUCGCUGGAUUCCAUCUACCGCAAUUUGCUUGGACAUGGAGGGAAAAUCAUUGAUUACCUGAAAAUCGACAUUGAACGAGACGAGUGGAUCGUCUUGCCGCAAAUCCUCUCUUCGGGCAUGAUGGAUCACGUGAGGCAAAUGGGCGUAGAAAUACAUUUGCUGUCGCCGACUGGAAACAACACCUUGGACGGCAUUCGACAAAACAUCAAGAUACUCAAAUCGCUGGAAGAUUACGGACUCGUCCGUUUCGAUUCCAAGUUCAAUCUUUGGUCCAAUGAUUUGAAAAUAAUUGACAACGCCGAAUGGUGGGGCUACGACGCCUACGAACUUGUCUGGUACAAUUCCAAACUGGCCCGCACAGCUCGCGAAAUCUAAUUGGAAGGCUUAAUUUUUGGGUGGGAUCUGUAAAUAUGCAUAGUCUUUUUGGGGGUUCGAUUGGGCUAGAAAAAUGCCAUUCAAUUCUACAAGUGUAUUUUGCCAUUGCAAGAGAAACUCGCACUUGUCAAAAAUACAAUGUUGUCGGCUAUACGACGAUUAUGCAGAAGA